AUGGGAAACCUUGAUCUUCCUCCUGAAGAUGGCUAUACUUGGCGAAAAUAUGGUCAAAAAGAGAUUCUUGGGUCCACGUAUCCAAGGAGCUAUUACAGGUGUACCCACCAGAAACUGUACGGCUGCCCGGCCAAAAAACAGGUCCAGCGCCUGGAGGACGAUCCCUUCACCUUCGAGGUCACCUACCGUUGCUCCCACACUUGCCACGUGUCCUCCUCCGCCCCCACCGCCGCAGUGCCGCCGCCGCCGGCCACGGCCGCCCCGCCACCUCCCCCGUCGCUCCCCACCGCCCACUGGCUCUCGGUGCAGCUCCUCCACGACCUCGGCGGCGCCGGCGCCGGCGCCGGACCCUCCGCCGGAAGGUUCCCCGACUACCAGCUGGCGGUGGCGGACAUGGCGGACGCGAUGUUCAACUCCGGGAGCAGCAGCAGCAACAGCAUGGACUUGAUCUUCUCGGCCAUGGACGACAAGUGGGAUUCAGAGGAGAAAAAGGACUGA